GACACCCUCUUUUCUCUUUACCGCCACGUCGUUACUCGAUAUUCGAUAUCUUAUCCAUCAUCCCCUACGAAAGAAACAUGUCUCCAGCUGCUAUAGUAGCCAACAAUGGGGCCACUAAUGGCUCCCUGAAGCAUCAGCCUGUGAAGCAAGUCGCAGAACAUCUAACCUCGUCUGAUCUUAUUCGGAAAGAGCAGCAGUACGGCGCACACAACUACCAUCCGUUACCUGUCGUUUUUGACUCCGGAAAAGGAGCGAAAGUAUGGGACCCUGAAGGCAAUGAAUACAUCGACAUGUUGUCUGCCUACUCUGCCGUUAAUCAGGGUCACUGUCACCCCAGGAUAGUUGCCACACUUGUGGAGCAAGCCCAGAAGCUCACGCUCUCGUCUCGCGCGUUCUAUAACUCUGUGUUUGGAAGAUUUGCGCAAGAGAUCACAGAAUUAUUUUCAUAUGAGAGCGUCCUCCCGAUGAAUACCGGGGCAGAGGCCGUUGAAACCGCGGUGAAACUGGCCAGAAAAUGGGCCUAUGAGAAGAAGGGCGUUCCCGAGGGUAAAGCGAUUGUUCUUAGCGUUGAAGGGAAUUUCCACGGAAGAACCUUGGCCGUAAUCAGUAUGAGCACUGAUCCAGAUAGCCGUGGAGGUUUCGGACCUUAUCUCGAGGGCGUCGGGCCAACAUACGAAGACAGUGGAAAGCUUCGAACUAUCCGUUUUGGUGAAAUUUCUGAUCUUGAGCGAGCUUUGGAACUUUAUGGUAAACAUGUAGCCGCUUUCCUCGUUGAGCCGAUUCAAGGAGAAGCAGGGAUUGUUGUUCCUCCUGAGGGUUAUCUCACCCAAGUCCGCAAUCUUUGCACAAAGCACAAUGUGCUCCUCAUUUGUGAUGAAAUCCAGACAGGUUUGUGCCGCACUGGGAAAAUGCUUUGCUGCCAACAUGAUAACAUCCGACCGGAUGUCAUCCUCUUGGGCAAAGCUUUGUCGGGCGGAGUUUAUCCCGUGUCUGCCGUUCUUGCGGACCGUGAGGUGAUGCAUUGCAUCAGGCCCGGGGAGCAUGGCAGUACAUAUGGCGGGAAUCCUCUCGGAUGUGCAGUUGCUAUGACGGCCCUUCGUGUGCUUGUGGACGAGAAGCUCGCUGACCGUGCUGAGGCACUUGGUGAGAAAUUCCGCUCGGGCAUACGGGCCGUCAACUCGCCUUUGGUCAAAGAGGUCCGGGGUAAGGGGCUUCUAAAUGCCGUUGUUAUUGACGAACAGAAGAGCCUGAAGGGACGGACUGCAUGGCAAUUUUGUCUGCUUUUGAAGAGCCGUGGCGUCUUGGCCAAACCAACCCAUGUCAACAUCAUCCGCUUUGCGCCACCUUUGAUUAUCUCUGAAGAAGAUCUGAUGAAGGGAGUUAAAGUGAUUGAAGAAUGUCUCAGGGAUUUGGAUUUGCUGGAUGAGAUCCCUGGUGAGGUUGAGAGCGAAAGGGGCCAUCGAGAGAAUGUAGCUAACUAGGGAAGGAUGCUCGACCGUGAUGCUCACGAGACACGCCCAAUGGCCCGUAGGGUCACGGUAAGAGAAGGUUCCAUUGGCGAACCUAGCCUCUGUCAGGCCGAUUUGCGGCAUGCAUUAUAUGGUACACCACUGGGGGUACUUCCGAGGUGCAUACUUUCAACUAGUGAUGUACGAUGUUAUGUGUUGUAUGAUAUGAAUAAUGAAGAUGUACUUUUGAACAUAUGGACCCUAAUGGUUA